AAUGACAAGACCCCUAUCACCAAAGAUGUUCCGAUUCUGGCCUGCGCCCACCUUACAUAUUUUAAAUUGCAUUAUCCAGCCAUGUCUUAUCAAAGGCGGACGCUACCACCUCCAUAUUAUCCGUUUAGGUUUAACAAAACCUAUUUAGACUAUCGGUAUCGAUACGAUCCACAAUAUGAAACCAAAGACAAUGGACCUUUUAGCAUUUUCGACAACACUGCAGAUCAACCUUCAGAUACUGUCAUCAUCACAGAUCGCUCUAUAGCUGGUUGUGUGUGCUUGCUCAACUUCGUUCUGCUGUUAGCCUUAUGUUGUGUGAAGGCAAAAGACAAAAAACUUUUCCGAUUACAUCUAGUCAAUUUGACACUAAUCAGCAUCUUCACAGGUGUCGUUAUAUUAGCCUAUGCCUUGUUCGUGAAGGUGCAAGGUGUAAACCGUUUUGAUAAAUUGACUUGCAAAAUAUUCACCUUUGCCAAGUCGGUCCUCAAUGAUGCUUUGCCUCUUUGCCUUCUCGAAAUACACCUUGACCGCUUCUUCUGUCUGAUAUCUCCGGACACUUACCGCCAUCCGGUACAUCGCGCUAUAGGUGCCAUCAUGGUUUUCAUGCCUUGGGUCGUAGGUAUGGCCAUGACACUGCCUGAAGUCAUAAUGCAAGAUGUCACGUUACCCCUUGCAAAUGAUCGCUCGUUGUUUGGUUGUAAACUUAACGACUCUACCAACAUGCAUCAUUUGACACAGAUAGUUCGCUACAUUCCGUCAGGCCUAGUGGUAAUCAGCUUUCUACUGACGCUUAUUGCUGUCAUAGUACUCCUCUGUCCACAUUGCUCGCCAGACAGGGACGACCGGGGUUCAUUACUGAACUCAAUGGUUGCUCUCCUUCUGGUCGAUGUAUUCUUUUUCCUUAUGCAAAUGAUUACGCGAACCAUAAGUCUUGUGGCAGCCAUCUGUCCAACGGGGGAGUGUACACGAGGAUAUAUCUACAUAAUUCACCAAUCAUUACUUUCAAAAUGGUUACACAGUGCUAAUCCAGGUCUAAAUCCGAUUCUUUGGUUGUGUGAUCGAGAUAUUCGACGUGGGUAUCAAGCUCUGUGCUGCCUGGAGUGUAUUACCAAGAAGAAGAGACGUACGGGUUAGGCAGCUCAAACCGAUCCUGCAAAUAUUGACGGCAUCGGAGCCGAAAGCCUCAAUACUAUGGUGCCUAGCAACGGUGCGCCCCCACUACUUGGCUCAGGCACGGAAGUGUCUCCUGCGGGCAGCUACUAAAGAAAAACAAAAACAAACAUAACUAAAGACAAAAUACGGCCAGUCAGAAAUUUCCGAUAAAAAAAAUAUAUACCACUCGAAGUUCGAUUUUUAUUCAGUUCAGUUCGAUAAAGAAAGCAGAAAGAAGAAAAGAGGAAAGAAAGAAAGAAAGACAGAAAUAGAAAAAGAACGAAAGCUAGGAAAGAAAAGAAAAGAAAAGAAAAGAAAAAAUGAAAGAAAGCAGAAAAGAAUGAAAGGGACAUAAGAAAAUAAUAAGUUGACGGUAAGAAUUCAAGAAAGUAAAGUAACCAGACGAGAUACUGGGAAAGCAAAAUGGAGAAACGAAAACAAAAUGAAGAACAGAGAUA